AUGCAACCCACCCACUAUGACCUCCUGGGUCAGGUGCACGACGACCCUCGCGCGGUCGGGCGACUGACGCGAGACGCCCAUCAGCCGCCGCGCGAUGCUUCCACUCUUCAGCAGUCCCGGUCGCCUGCUGCUGCUGCGCCCACGAGAUCCGAAGGUGCGUCAUCCUGUACCAACGACGAUAUCAUUACCACGGGCCUCCGCGUCCAGCAGCACGAAGCCGAUCAGUACCAUCGUAGCCGACGACGCCGUCUGCAACGGUUGGCUGCAGUCACCACCGCCCAGGCCGACUACUCGUCCCGCGAACAAAGCAGUAGUCAGGAUGAAUACGAGGAGAGCGAGAGCGAGUCAGACCACAUUCUCAGCAGUUCGAACGAGGACAUGGUCCGUCAACCCAUGGGAACCCCUUUCUUGCCGGGGCCGGGUCCAUCUUCAUCUCCCUCGGACGAUGCGUCGAGCGACGAGGAUGAUGACGACAACUCGACUGCGUUAGGAAUGCGCAGGAACUCGGCUCCCUUUGUCCCUCAACCCAACGUCUUCUCCCAUCCACCUGCAUCCCAGAACCCCUCCUGGACCAGGCCAACUGAUAGACACCGUCCUCAGCCCAGUGAGGUGUCCAACUCCAGCCGUCGGACGGCGAUCCGACGCAACUCUCAAGCUAGCAUACGCUCUGCCCGGCGAUCUUCCCAACAACACAGUCCUUUCAACAUGAUCUCGCCAUCACACCAUGCCGAUCACGAUGCCGCGCUGCGUGCCAGUCUGUCCACAUUGCUCUCCUGUGCCGCUGCAGCUCGAGGUCUGCCAAAAUCUGAUCCUCCACCAUCGCAGCCCGGUCCAUCACGGGGCCACCCAGCGUCUUUCCGACUAGUAUCCGAGUCGGUUGCAAUGGGAGAGGAAGUGUGCGAGGAAGUAGGGACGGUGGAAACGAACCCCACCCGUGCCCCGCGGCUGGGACCCACUCCAGCAUACUCGCCGCGCACCGUCCCCUCGGCACCUCGAGCCAAGCGGCGGUCCAGUCCUUCCAAAGAACGCAGCCACUCGUCCGCAAAGAAGACCCGUCGCGCCAGCAUUGCGGACGCUGCCACAAGUCCUACCGUCAUGACCUGGGUGAUCAGCGCUGGAGUCGUCGUCUUGUUUUCAGCCAUCAGCUUCUCCGCCGGAUACGUACUGGGCCGUGAAGUCGGCCGCCUGGAGGCUAACGGUACAGGCAUCGGAUCCGUGAUGGGCGACAGCGGCGUCCCGGGCAGAGCCACAGCGGGUUGCGGUCAAGAAGCGGUCCAGGGCGGACUGAAGCGACUUCGCUGGGGAUCAGGGCCCUCGGGAUCGGGCAUCAUUGCAUGA